UUUGAGUGAUUUGGGCUGGUCCGAUCUUUCUCCGAGGGUCUCUUGACUGCUUGCCGCAGCCCCGGGGAGAGACGCGUGGAUUUGUAACAUUUGCCCCUGGUUCAGACGGAGAGACACCACGGCCAUGGGCAGCCUCUCUAAUGCGUGGUCCCGUCCCGGAUCGCUCCGGUUCGCUGUCCUCUUGCAAGUCAUCUGCUUGUGCCUUGCCCAAGGUCCGAUAGGGGAACGAGGCGCGGUGGGUUCGCCGGGCGCCGCGGGUAUCCCUGGAGCAGACGGAAUCGAUGGCGAGCCCGGGGCCCUUGGCUCUCCCGGAUCUCCGGGACCAAAAGGGGACACGGGUGCCGCGGGAGCAGACGGGGCCCAAGGAGACCCAGGCUAUGAUGGUUUAGAAGGUCCAAAGGGAGAACCUGGAGUUUCUGGAAGAUCUGGUCCGAAGGGUCUGGUGGGUUGGCCUGGACCUCCAGGAACUCCGGGGUCUGGAACCCGGGGACUGUCUGGUCCUCCUGGUACAGUUGGGCUUCCCGGAGAGAUUGGACGCCCAGGAUCUCAAGGUGCAACAGGAAAGAUUGGACCGAUGGGCAAGGCAGGUCCUACAGGUCUACAGGGACCUCCUGGUAACCUCCAUGGUGCAGAAGGGAGUGGCGAUCUUCUGUGCCCCACCUCAUGCCCCUCUGGACUCAAAGGACCUCAAGGACUUCAAGGACUCAAGGGACACAGGGGAAAACUAGGACCGAUGGGAGGUGCUGGAAUACAGGGACCCUCGGGUAUUGAAGGUGCAACUGGUAUCUCCGGAGAACAAGGCAUCCCUGGCCCACCAGGACCUCAUGGUCUUCAAGGAUAUCCUGGUAUGAUGGGAGGAAAAGGUGAUAGAGGUGCUAGGGGAUACAAGGGCAUGAUUGGUGUCCGUGGUCCAAUGGGCCUUCCGGGUAAAAAGGGGCCUGAGGGGCCACUUGGUGACUUUGGCGACAAAGGAGUACAGGGCGAGCUAGGCCAGCAGGGGCGGCAUGGACUCUCGGGGGCCAAGGGAGAAAAUGGACUGCCAGGCAUCGAUGGCAGGGAUGGCACGCCCGGGGUUCCUGGUAUGAAGGGUGGGACGGGCCGAGCUGGUAUUCCUGGACCCGCUGGUCCACAGGGAGGAGCGGGUUUACCGGGACAGCCGGGACAGAAGGGUGCUGCUGGCCCCACGGGUGAAAGUGGUUUGCAAGGAAUGACAGGCUCCUCUGGUCCACGGGGUAAACUGGGAGAACCUGGACCUCAGGGAGAGAUCGGCCCUCCAGGACCUGAAGGUCUGAAGGGUGACAGAGGAAUGUCAGGCGAGAGCGGUCCCCCAGGGUCCAGAGGCAAGGCUGGCACGAAGGGAGAACGAGGUCCUACAGGGUUCCCGGGACCUCAGGGGAUCCCUGGGCUGAAAGGAGAUAAGGGAUUCCAAGGGAAAAAAGGGCCCAAAGGCGGUGAUGGUGACCCAGGCGUGGAAGGCUUGGAUGGCGAUAAUGGAGAGCAGGGUGACCAGGGGGAACCCGGAGUGAAUGGCCAGGAAGGUGUACAAGGAGAGCUGGGAUACCAGGGUGCUGCCGGCAACCCCGGUGAGCCCGGAGCCCAGGGUCGCCGAGGACUGCCGGGGUCACGAGGCCCCCACGGCAGGCGUGGAAUAUCAGGAGUGAUUGGACGCCAGGGAACUGUGGGCCGAGAUGCAGGAGAUCAACAUAUUGUCGAGGUGUGCUUGAAAAUGAUGCAAGAGCAGUUGGCAGCAGCAGCAGUCAGUGCCAACAGGCAGGUACUGGGUGGAGCAGGGAUGACAGGACCUCCUGGACUCCCCGGAACCUUGGGCGCUCCUGGUGAACAAGGCGACCACGGCGUCUCAGGAACUCGCGGUCUUCCCGGGCAGACGGGCGUUCAAGGCCAGAUUGGAAACACAGGACCAAAGGGCAAACGAGGGGUGAAGGGAGAUCGCGGUGAGACGGGGCGUGGACAUCCUGGCCUUCCAGGCCCACCGGGAAUUACAGGACCGGCGGGAAUGCCGGGCCGGAGUAUCGACGGCAGACACGGUGAAGUGGGCGUGCAGGGGGUGUUGGGACAUCCCGGGCGCCCUGGCCUACCCGGAUCCCCCGGUAUACCUGGUUUCUGCGAAGCUGCUGCUUGCUUAGGGGCCUCGGCCUACCUGGGCCCACCCAACUUCAAGGGGCCAUGAAGUGACUCAAACUGACCACCCGCGUGCGCCCAAACAUCCGAGCAGCAAGUGCCGCACGCACGAUGCAGAGAGGGAGAGAGAGAGAGAGAGAGAUGCAGACGGACACCACCAGGAAUCAACCCCAGACAAGGGCAUCUCUUGAAAACUGAACUGAUUUUAAAUAUUUGGUGCAUUUUAUAUAAAAGAAAUACAAAGGAAAUCCAAAAAUAACCACAAAAUACUACUUUACAGAUUAAAUGAAAGUCAAAAGAGUUUAAAAAAAAAGUUUUUCUUUGUUAUGUUUAUUUGAGCAAAGAUUGAUGAUGUACAUUGAUUCCCAGCUUUUUAUUUGGUUUAAUUAUUUUAAAAUAACUUAGACAAACUAUUAGGGAAUGUUAUCGUGAUGUGAGUUUGCACCAGUCCCAUGUGUGAAUCUAAUGUGUGCUGCAGUCUGUGUUUGUGUAUAGAGUUCCAUUUCUUUGUAGCCACUGCGCUUAAUGUGGUAUUGAUGAGGCCACCCGAUUAUAUGCUCUGGACUAGUGUAGGGACCGAGACCUUUGCUGAAAUCCUUCCAUCACGACACUGGUCUGGCAUGGAUCUCUGCAGAUGUAUCUCACGGCUCUGUCAGGGCGAGGCUGUUCCACUGCGGUGAGAUGUGGUUUGCUCAACUCCAUGCCAGCAGAAUUUCACCUGAGACCUUUUACUGUCAACAAAUGUGUACAUAAAACUACAGAGCAGAAUAGAGGCUGUCGAGUGGCGAAUUACCCCCCUCUGAUGUCCCCCUCACAUGUCUUUACUUGGAAGCAAGCUUCUUGAUUGGGAGAGGGAUGGAGUUGGGGCGGCACAGUAGCGCAGCUGAUAGAGGUGUUGCUUCACGGCGCCAGAGACCCGGGUUUAAUCCUGACCUUGGUGCUGUCUGUGUAGAGUUUGUACGAUUUCCCAGUGACUGCAUGGGCUUCCUUCUACAUCCCAUAGUCGUGUGGGGUUGUUGGGUAAUUGACCUCUAUAAAUUACCUCCUAGUGUGUGGGGAGUGAGUGAGAAAGUGGGACAACAUAGAACUGGUGUUAACUCUGUGUGAGGCAGUUCUGACGAGGUUACGAGUCAGCUCUGGUUCUGAUUUGUCUUGGAUAGCGUGGAGCUGAUUGCAUCUAUUGUUGCAUCUCGUACUCUGUCAGCUUUCCAUUGCCUGUAUGAUGCUGGGGUGGAGGAUUGGUUAGAUAUAAACUUCCCAAGCUGGUCUUCACUUGACGGAUCUGUCAGCAAAGAGAGUUGUACCCUACACUUUCCUCACCUCAGGCCAGGAGUGUCACCUACUGAGCCAAAGCCCCCAUGUCUGAUGCUUUAUGAAAGUCCUUUGUCAUUGAUCAACCUGCUGGAUACUCCAAGCAAUCUUUGGGAUUCCCACUUUGAUUGGAGCAGUGCGGGCAUUGAGCUGGGACUUGAACAGAGCCAGGCAUCGUCUUUCAGAGAGCGGGUGGUUAGAAAUCACAUUGAGCAAUGUAGGAGUACAGCAGUCUGCUAACCUGUACUCUGUGUUUCUGUCGUGACAGCUUUGUAUAAACUCUUGCUUCCCUGCCUUAUCAAUCUGGAGAAGGUUUUAGCAAUCGGGAGAAGGUCCCCGCAAAGGCUGGCAAACUAACCAAUUUAGUGGUGGAUUUUCAUGGCCUUUUCCUCUCUGUAAAUAAAUAGAUGUCGUUUACAAGACUAGCAGAGGAGAAAGUAUUGUUCCCUAAAGCAAACUAGCAAAACAAAUCACAAGAUGAGGACACUGAGUAAUCAGCGGAAUAUUUCACCACACAAUUCGGCACCCAUUCACCCAAAUAAACCCACCUACGGAUUAACUUCAUAAACAUUAUUAAUUUAUUAUGUUUGAAAUCUUGUGCAACUGUAAAGACCAUGUGUUUGUCUCUCGUUGUACUGCAGCACCAUCCAAUAAAACAGAUAUUUUGUAAAAGACAAUGUUUUUCUGUCGCCUACAGAAAUCCCCCCUCCCCCUACCCCUGCUACACCGCACCCAUGCUGGUGCUCAACAUCACCACCCCCUCCAUCCUCCCAGGCCACUCCACCCGGACCUUGCACAGGCUCCUUUCAGUUGGACUUUGUGCUUGGGCCGAGCCAUUACAUUUGACCUGUGCAGUGGGACGGCAGACUCGAUGGACCAAACGGCCUAAUUCUGCUCCUGUGCCUUCUGGUUUGUGUCCCUGCACUAGGCCUGUGCACUUUGGCCUUGGGUUGGAAACCUACACCUGGACUCUGCACACUCACUUUGCUUUUGACUUCUCUUUGGUUACAUUUGUUUUAAUUUUAUGCCUUUUACUGUCAAUAAAUGUGUACAUAAAACUACGGAGCAGAA